AUCGCUGUGUGCUCGCAGAAGCAAGCACUUCCCCAGUCUCUAACCUUCCCAUGGCGAGUGCUGCAGCUCCAUCAGCAGAACCUUUCUCUCCGUGCGAGCAAGGGCUUUUCCCCCCCUUUCCUUUCUUUCUUUCUUUCUUCUUCUUCUUUUUUUUCCUCCUUAAUCAGAAGCACUGAAUGAAAGCCAAUCAGAGAGAGAGCUCGCCCCCGUUUUCUUCGGUUCCCUGCCGUCCAGAGUUAAAAGUGAUGCUGAGAGAAAGCUUGAGUUAGAUUGAAGUAGAAUCAGUGAUAGAAAAUAAUAGCAGAAAACAAACAAAAAGGGGACCUAGUGACAGUUUCUCCAGGGUUAUUUUGGCUGGAACCAACUUCCGCUAUCCAGAAGCUGAUAAAAAAAAAGAUUUUGGAAACGUACCAAACAUUAAUGAAAUGUUGGAAACCAGUUGAAAUGCAGUAAAAUCCAAUCCAGUAAAAUAGGACUACUUUUUCUUCAUCCACUUUGGGAUUUGUCAACAAGUGAACUAUGACAAUACACCAGUUUUUGAGACUGAUUCUACUCUGCGUAUGCCUGCCACAUUUCUGUUCUCCAGAGAUAACAUUCAGAAGGACUCCUGUGCCUCAACAAAGGAUUUUAGGUGCACGAGUGUCAAGAAGUGAUGGCAAAAUUCUGCAUCGUCAAAAACGUGGUUGGAUGUGGAAUCAGUUUUUCUUACUGGAGGAAUAUACAGGAUCUGAUUAUCAAUAUGUAGGCAAGCUUCAUUCAGACCAAGAUAAAGGAGAUGGAUCACUCAAAUAUAUUUUAUCUGGAGAUGGAGCUGGAACUCUUUUUAUUAUUGAUGAAAAAACAGGUGAUAUUCAUGCCACAAGAAGAAUUGAUAGGGAGGAAAAGGCCUUUUACACUCUACGUGCGCAAGCAAUUAACAGAAGAACUCUGCGGCCAGUGGAGCCAGAAUCUGAAUUUGUGAUAAAAAUCCAUGACAUCAAUGACAAUGAACCAACAUUUCCAGAAGAAAUUUACACAGCUAGUGUUCCUGAAAUGUCUGUUGUAGGUACUUCUGUGGUGCAAGUCACAGCUACAGAUGCCGAUGACCCUUCCUAUGGGAACAGCGCCAGAGUCAUUUACAGCAUACUUCAAGGGCAGCCCUAUUUCUCUGUGGAGCCGGAAACAGGUAUCAUCAGAACUGCUUUACCAAAUAUGAACAGAGAAAACAGAGAACAAUACCAGGUGGUCAUCCAAGCCAAAGACAUGGGUGGCCAGAUGGGAGGUUUGUCUGGGACCACCACAGUGAACAUCACACUGACAGACGUCAAUGACAAUCCACCUCGCUUCCCACAGAACACCAUUCAUCUUCGGGUUCUUGAAUCUUCCCCAGUCGGCACAGCUGUUGGAAGUGUGAAAGCAACCGAUGCUGACACUGGGAAAAAUGCUGAAGUAGAAUACCGAAUUAUUGAUGGUGAUGGGACUGAUAUGUUUGACAUUAUAACUGAGAAGGACACCCAGGAAGGCAUCAUAACCGUGAAAAAGCCACUUGACUAUGAGAGCCGGAGACUUUACACUCUGAAGGUUGAAGCAGAAAAUACCCAUGUGGACCCACGAUUUUAUUAUCUAGGACCAUUCAAAGAUACCACAAUUGUGAAAAUCUCUAUAGAAGAUGUAGAUGAACCUCCUGUUUUCAGCAGGUCCUCCUACCUCUUUGAGGUUCAUGAAGAUAUCGAAGUGGGCACAAUAAUCGGGACUGUAAUGGCAAGGGAUCCAGACUCUGCUUCCAGCCCCAUUAGUAAAUCUGGUGCACAAACAUGCAUUCCUAAACAAAAUUCUCCUAUAUUUUUUCUAGACAAUCCCAAAGAGACAACUCGUGUAGCUGUUUUUGUGAGAAUUUUGGAUGUUAAUGACAAUGCCCCACAAUUUGCUGUGUUCUAUGACACUUUUGUAUGUGAAAAUGCCAGACCAGGACAGCUAAUACAGACUAUAAGUGCAGUAGACAAAGAUGACCCUUUAGGUGGUCAGAAAUUUUUCUUCAGUUUAGCUGCUGUCAAUCCAAACUUCACAGUACAGGAUAAUGAAGAUAACACUGCCAGAAUUUUAACUCGAAAAAAUGGAUUCAAUAGACAUGAAAUAAGUACCUAUCUCUUGCCUGUGGUGAUCUCAGACAAUGAUUACCCAAUUCAGAGCAGUACAGGCACACUGACCAUCAGAGUAUGUGCCUGUGAUAGCCAAGGCAACAUGCAGUCCUGCAAUGCAGAAGCCCUGCUCCUCCCUGCUGGUCUCAGCACUGGGGCCUUGAUCGCCAUUCUCCUCUGCAUCAUUAUUCUGCUGGUUAUAGUAGUACUGUUUGCAGCUCUAAAGAGACAGCGGAAGAAGGAACCCCUGAUCUUAUCCAAGGAGGACAUCAGGGACAACAUCGUGAGCUACAAUGACGAAGGUGGUGGCGAGGAGGACACCCAGGCCUUUGACAUUGGCACGCUGAGGAAUCCUGCAGCGAUCGAGGAAAAGAAGCUGCGGCGAGACAUCAUGCCAGAAGCGCUCUUUAUCCCCCGCAGGACUCCCACGGCGCCUGACAACACGGAUGUGCGGGAUUUCAUCGCCGAGAGGCUCAAGGAGCACGACCUGGACCCCACCGCGCCACCCUACGACUCCCUGGCCACCUACGCCUAUGAGGGCAACGACUCGGUGGCGGAGUCGCUGAGCUCCCUGGAGUCAGGCACCACCGAAGGAGACCAGAAUUACGAUUACCUCCGGGAGUGGGGCCCCAGGUUUAACAAGCUCGCGGAGAUGUAUGGCGGUGGGGACAGUGACAAAGACUCCUAACCUGCAUUUCUGUUCUGCUCAAUAGGAGGAAGCGACGUGAAGGACACUGUCUCCACUUCUCCAUAUUUGAUAACCAGGAGACGUUUCCUGCCACUCAGCACAAUUCUUUCCCAUUUAUUUCUUAAUUUGUUCAUUAAUUGCAUUAAUUCUUUCCUGUAGGAUGUCUCAUAGAAUAUAUGCGACAUUUUAUUUAAUCACUUCCAAGAGCCAAAGCUAUGGAAAUUCAGUGUUGUCCAUCUUAGUAAAUUAAAAAAAAAAAAAAUUCAGAAACAUGAACAGGAUAGUUCUCCCUUAAGCAACCUCAGAAAUGAGCCGCUUCUGUUAGGUACAUGUUCUGCCCUCGCAAAUGAAGCUUUUGAAAAGGUGCAGACAAAUUUUAAGAUAUAUCCUGUUCUGUACAUUAAAUUUAAAGAGAAAAAAUGUACAUGUGGUGUUAGUAGGUGUGAUAUGCAACCUGGUAUACAAACAUUUGUGCAAUUUCAUUUCAUCAAAUUCUAUCUGCUAAUGUUUUAUAUUUAUAUUUUUGUAUUUAUUUUUAAAAAAAUAAACCAGUUUUUACAACUA